CCAUGGUGACGCGACGCUUUGGACUGCCGCGGCCGUUACUGCCUGCCGCUCCCUGCCGUUUCCUCAGCCGGCGCUCGGCGAUCUGAAACUGAACCGCAAAGGCAAGCGGAGAGGAUUCGGGGCUCGCGACUCGACAUGGCGCAGAAGGCGGUGAAGGCCGUCAUUGAGGUGCAGCUUCACGCGGUGACCUGUCCAGGUGUGUUCUUACAAGACAAAGAUGACGUCUACCUUAGCGUCUCCUUAUUUGGCCAGUAUAAGAAGUCCAAAUGUCUCCGGCCGGUGUUUCCACUUCUGCUUCAUGAGAAAAUGACCUUCAAAAAGGUUUUUCCACAGGCGAUGGACCCCGCCAUCAUGGCCGACAUGUUAGAAUGCGAAACUGUCAAAUUUGAGCUCAUCCAGCUGACUCCUCCAGGGGGAGAAGCCUUAGCAGGCUACGAAGAAGACGUCCGAAGAUUUCUGUUUCCAGAACCCAAACUGGCCCCCAUGCUGCCGGGCGUCGACCGGGAGGUGCUGAUGAGGCGGACGCCGUCCUUCCCUGGCAUCGCACCAAAACUGGAGUUUUCAACAAAAACGGUCAUCGCGGAGUUCUCACGCAUCGCUGACGGCCACUCCGGCCCCAGGACAUCCUUGGAAAAGUCGUCAAGAAAAGUAAACAUCGGGAAAACACAAAAACUAAAGAGCAAACCUCUGAAGAGCCGAGCGAGUGCCACCAGGAGGCCAGCGACCCUAAAAGGAAGAAGCCAUGGGAAGCCAGCAGUGGAAUUCCGCUCCCGCUCCCUGUCACCCCGUCUCCAGAGAAGGCCACCUGAGUACUCCUGGAAGGACAUGCUGUGCCCACUGAGCCUGGCACCACACACACCUGUGGCCAGACGUGAGUGGGACUCGAGGCCGCGGCAGGAGACCAAAGACAAGCCCAGCAGGGGGUCACCAGCUUUUCUGCGGAGGUCCAGAUCUCGAAGUGUGUCCCCGACACUCCAGCCAACGACAGUGACCCACAGGAGCAGCUCCUCGCAAAGACCCCAAGAGCAGACUUUGAAUGACCCAGAAGACAACUGGACCUCGACUGACACCGAUGAGCUCAGUGACUGCAUCUCCAUUCUGAACACCAAGCCCGCCCAGAAAAGCCCCUCAAAUGUGCCAUCCUUGGCCUCGACGAUGCGACAAUCACCCAGCCCUGCAGCUGGCAGCUCGUCUCCUAAACAAAGGGCGCAUGGGGACAAUGAGUACUCCUGGGAUUUGAUCCACGAGCGAGUGAGACGACUGCUGACCUCCUCGGGUGCCCGAGAGCGACUGCACUACGGCGCCACAGAAUCCGAGGUGGACAGAGUCCUCGACCGACGGGCCGUCUCCACGAGUGUGUCGCCGAGCAGACGUAUCCUGGAAAGGAGGCUCUCCUGAGGAAGGUGGCUCCCCGGCCUGCUUGUCAUCGGUCACCCCCUGCAUGACGUGUGACGUCUGCCCACCGGAGCGGCCCAGAAAUGGCAUAAGGGGCGACGUAGAGGACUUUGAGUGGUCCGCAUUUUUAAUGGUUUGGCUUGCCGUGUGUUUAGAAUGUGGUGUUGUAGAUGAAUGGAUUACGGUGGAAAUGACAGACGAGAAGAGAGAAGUGCCAUCUGUCACCACAUUAGAGGUGGCAGCCACAAAUGAAACAAUUAAAUGAGAAGAAGCGCCAGAAUUUAAGGGAACAACAAGAAGAUCUGGAACUUGGGGGCUUGUUGUUCAUUGGGGGUGUUUGUUACUUUGUGUUCCACUGGAACUGAACUCACCUCAACUUGUCACCUCCUGUCACCUCUUGUCACCUCACGUCUCAUCUCGUCUCACCGUCGUC